AUGGAAUCUUACUGCCAGGCAGCCGGCGAGCUGUCCAAUUUCUCGGUGUAUUCGAUACAAAAUGCAGGCCUCGUCACUUUCAAAGUGAUCAUCCUCUUCCUCUACGCCGUUAAUAAUUUAUGCAUUAAUCUGUUGCUCAACGCGAUCCUUAUCGUUAUUUGUGUCAUCACGCAAGAGGAGGAGUUUGUCUACGUCCUGAACUGCACGGAGGACACCCCUGCGAUGAUCCCCUUGGCGAAUGCUUUCUCCUUCGCUGGGAUCGCCGUCGAUCUGGCGACGGUGGUUGCGGAUUUGUGGUUGAUACGGUAUUGUGACAAAACGAUAAGAGACAGCACAAUCGUGCUAUACAACCUCCUAUCGAUAUCCAUCCGGUCCUACUUUCCCGAUAUCGACUACGUGUCGAGGAAAACGGCUCAAGGACUUGUUAAUUUCUACCCCUACUAUACCUUCAUCUGCCCCCUCUUCUACGUGGCCGCCAUUUCCAGGAUGAAAAAGAGCCGGCUGGCCGAAUUCCACACCGCCGUCCGGCCAACAAUCCGCGGAAAGUACUGCGACGAUUUCUACCGUCGUGAUGGCCGCUGGCCAGUGCCGUUCUUCCGUGAAUGUUGCGUCGACGACCCGAAGCAGUGCGAUCGGCGCUUCUAUGUAGACCGCUGCCAAGAUGCGAUACGCCUCACACAAGCGCGG